CACUCCUCUUCGUAGCAGUAACGGUCUCUUUUCCUCUCUCCAUCCAUCUUCCCUCAAUAAAUUAACCAAACUACCAAACGGCUACAUCAUUGCCCUUCUCGUCUCUUCCUCUCUUUCUCCCUCUAAAAGCCGCAACCAGAGCACACCACUCUCACUCCUCUCUCUCCCUCUCCCCCCCAAAAUGUACACAAGCUUCCUUCUCCUCUCUCUCCUCCUCUCACUCGCCGCCCUCUCCAACGCCCAAAACAGCGUCGUCACGAUGGAGCUGUGGUGCGUGGCCAAGAACAACGCCGACGACUCUGCCCUCCAGUCCGCUCUCGACUGGGCCUGCAGUGCCGGCGGCGCCAACUGCAGCCCUAUCCAGCAAGGUGGGCCCUGCUACGACCCUUCUGACAUCCAGAACACCGCGUCGUACGCCUUCAACGACUACUUUCUCAAACACGGCAUGACCGAUGACAGCUGCAAUUUCGAUAACACUGCCGCAGUCACCUCUUUGAAUCCCAGUUUUGGCAAUUGCAAGUUCCCAUCCAGCUUGUCAGGGAGCAAUAGAAGUUCGAGUUCAUCGACAGCAUCAUAUGGGUUGGGGCCUAGUCAAGAUCUGAAUGGCAGCAAUAAAAUUUCGCAGCAACUUGUUUUGCUGCCCUUGAUUACCAGUCUUUUGCUCAUUGCCUCCUAUAAUACAUGGGUCAUCUGUUUAUCUUGACUAGAGCUUUUGCUGAAGGAAACAGAGACCCAUGUGAUUUUUUGGGUUUACAUUAGCAUAUCUAGGUUUUAGAGUUAGGAUCUCAAUUGAUCAAUCCAAUGCAUGUACUAGAAUCUUGCAAUAGAUCGAUUACUUCGCUUCUGUUGA